AUGACGACGAUGCGCUCAGGGUCAAAACCGUUGCACGAUAUUAAUACUACUCAGAAUAACAAAAAGAACAACUCGAGUUUGAGGAGGAGGAUUUUGAGGACGACGAGAGGGAGGAGGACGAGGAUAGGGGAUUCUUCUUCUUCUUCACCUGUAUCUUCUUUGGAUGAUGUUGAAAAUGAUGACGACGAGAAUAAAAAAGGCGACGAUGCGAAUACGAAUCCAUUCGCGACUACUCUUUUCGCAGGGGCUCUGUGUUGUUGCAUCUUCGGCGUGACUGAUGUUCGAGUCGCGAACGCGGUGACGGAGAACCAGCUCUUAUUCUUGGAAGCGUGGCGGGCGGUGGAUAAAGCGUACGUGGACAAGACGUUCAACGGGGUCAGUUGGUUCAAGUAUCGCGAGCAAACGGUGAAAAACACACCAAUGCCGUCGAGAGAAGACGCGUACGAGGCGAUUAAAGCGAUGUUGAAGAAAUUGGACGAUCCUUUUACGAGAUUUUUGGAACCGGAUCAAUACGCGGCGGUGAGCGAGAACACAAUGAACGCGAACGUGAGCGGGAUAGGGGUGGAGUUGACGAUUGAUUCGGAUUUGAGCGUGAAAGUGGUGACACCGACGAUUGAUGCGCCGGCGUACGUGGCUGGAAUUAAGCCGUUAGAUAAGAUUUUGGAGAUUGAUGCGACCGAUGUGACUGGGUUGUCGUUGUAUGAAGUCGCGGAGUUGUUGCGAGGGCCGCAAGGUUCGGACGUUUUGUUGAAAAUCGAACCGAGCGCGACGCCGGGCAAAACGAAAAAUUUGAGCGUGACGAGGAAACAAUACGCGGUCGUUCCCGUGAAAUCGGAUUUAUGCACAUCGAAAAGCGGUGGUGAUUCCAUCGGGGUGGUUAAAUUGCAAACGUUCAACUCGUUAUCGGCGGCGAAAACCAAGGAGGCGUUGAGCGAUUUAGCGGCAAAAGGCGCCAACUCGUUCGUUUUGGAUUUACGAGACGACUCCGGUGGUUUAUUCCCGGGCGCGUUAGAUAUCGCCUCGCAGUUGAUGAAGAAAGGUUUGAUUGUUCAAAUCGCCGACGCCGAAGGCGUGCGCGAUACGUUCGAAGUCAACGGCAAACCCCUCGAGAAUGUUUACGAUAAGAAACUCUCCGUUAUCGUCAACAAAGGCACCGCGUCCGCCUCGGAAGUCUUAACCGCCGCCUUGCGCGACAACAAUCGGGCGACCGUUUUCGGCGACGAACCAACGUAUGGUAAAGGUUUAAUCCAAACCAUCGUCCCUCUGAGCGACGGGUCCGCCGUAAACGUCACCGUGGCGAAGUACCAAACGCCUUUAGGCACAGAUAUCAACAAAGUAGGCAUCGCGCCGGAUAAAAAAUUACCGGUUGGGAAAGACGGGCAAAUCAUGCCCGCAAAAUUAGACAAAAUUCCCAGUACGAACGAUGCCGAUGCUAGCGUUCUUAGUUUCUGCGAGUACGUCAGUUCCUUGGAAGACGGGACUUUCUAA